AUGCAUAACACUCCACUGGGCCAACUGGAGGAGAAUGCGAGUGCCCAAGACGGGCCACGCAUGUGGGAGGAGCCGGAAGAAAUGGAUCCUUCCCUCCAAGAAGAAUUUUAUGAGAAGAUGGCUGACAUGGUGGGGUUCCUGCUCCUCAAGUACCGCUCCAAGCAGCUGACCACCAAGGCAGAAAUGGUGAACAUCGCCCUGAAUAAUGACCAGGCAUUGUUUCCUAUAGUUUUCAGUAAGGCGUGCGAGUGUAUGCAGCUGGUCUUUGGUAUUGAGGUAAUUGAAGUAGAACCUCAGAUCCCUGCCUAUGCCCUAGCCACCAACCUGGGCCUCAGCUAUGAUGGGAUUGUAGGGCCUGACUAUAGCCUGCCCAAGACUGGCCUGCUGAUCGUUGUGUUGGGCAUCAUUGUUCGAGAGGGCAACUGUGUGUCUGAGGAUGAAAUCUGGAGAGCACUGCGUAUGAUGGGGGUGUGUGUUGGGAUUGAGCACUUCAUCUAUGGGGAGCCCAGGGAUCUCCUCACCAAUGUGUGGGUGCGAGAGCAGUAUCUGGAGUACCGCCAGGUGCCCGGCAGCGAUCCUCCCCAUUAUGUGUUUCUGUGGGGCCCCAGGGCCCAUGCUGAAACCAAUGAGAGACGUGUACUGGAGUUUUGGCUCAGGGCCACUAAUAGAUAUUAGAUGCUUCCCCACACAGUCAGAUGAGUAGAGGGGUUCGCCUGAGCCAAGGCUGCAGAAUAGUUAGUGUUUGAACAUAUUAGAGAGCACCGUGAUUUCAUGAUCUCUGUAAUAGCUUAGAAACCAAUCUAUACUUUCUUUAGAAAUUGCAAAUGUUAAUCAUUUUUACAAGCUUUG